UAGGAGCAUCCAAGACUUGAGCCGGAGGUUCACGUUCAAAACACGCGACUCAAGUCAUGGAGUUAUCCGAAGAGCCCGUCGCGGGUGAACGCUUGCCAGGCUUGAAAUGGUUGCUGUAUGCGGCUCAGCUACUGGGAGCAUUGUCAUUGAUUCUCAUCGCGGUCAUGGGAGCGUUGUUCGGCGGAUACACCGGGCCGUCUGACCCUAAGAAAUGGUUCAAUUGGCACCCUCUGCUCAUGACCUUGGGUCUCCUGCUGCUACAGGGAGAGUCCAUUAUUAUCUACAGAGUCCUCAGGAAUAAGCCGAAAUUCCAACUCAAAAUCGUGCAUGCGGCUCUCCAUGCUAUCGCCUUCGCCCUGAUGGUUGUCUCUCUACAGGCUGUGUUCGACUCUCACAAUCUAGCGAAUCCACCGUAUGCGAACAUGUACAGCCUUCACUCGUGGAUUGGACUGGGAGCUUGCAUUCUAUUCGCAGCCCAACUCCUCUUUGGUUUCCUCGCAUUCCUUUUCCCCCAGCUUCGGGAAUCUCGCAGGAAGAAGUUGAUGCCGUUCCACACCUUCGGAGGUAUAGUGAUUUUCCAUCUGACAAUCAUGGCAACGUUGAUGGGAAUCACAGAGAAAUUGAUCUUCGCGCGGAAUUACUCAGCACUCGAAGCUCCGGCCUUGGUUGGGAACGUAUUCGGCGUUUCCAUCACUCUGUUCUCCAUCGUCGUGUUUUACAUCGUCUCGCAGCCCGACUACAAGCGAGUGCCUCUGCCCAUUGACAGUUAG